UUUUUUUUUGUUGUUUGUCUUUUUUUUUUUUCUUGGUUCCUCUUCUUCUUGUCUGAUCCACAAUGUCAUAGAUUGCUCCUAUAUUCUGUUUUAUAUAUAUAUAAUUUUAGACAUAUCUAUCUAUCUAUUACUCUUUAUAAAGAUUCAUUCUCAUAUCAUUAUGACCAAUAAAGAAAAAAAGUCAAAACAACUGAAUUCGAGAUCAUUGACUUCCAAAGUGUUUACCUCUGAUGACAAUGACUUUGCGUUACCAUUGGUUAGAUCAAAACGAGUCAGACCGAUAUCCUCACCUCCAAGAAAACGAACUCGUUCGAUCACUGAAACAACCAUCCCAACAAAGUCAUCUCAUCCUCAUAUUCGAGCACGUACACCUCCUUUACCUGAUACCGAAAUAGUUCGACCUCGUAAUGUGGAAAAAGUGGUUUAUGGACGAUAUGAAAUUGAUGCUUGGUAUUAUUCACCUUAUCCUCAUGAAUUUGGCUCUUUAAUCAAAAGACUCUAUGUUUGUGAUACUUGUCUUCGAUAUGUGAAAGAUGAUAUUCAAUUAUCCAAUCAUAAAGCACAAUGUCAAAGUCGUACUCCUCCUGGUAGAGUAGUUUAUGCCACGGAUAAGGUCAAAAUAUAUGAAAUAGAUGGACGUGACAACAAGAUGUACUGUCAAAACCUUUGUUUAAUGGCGAAACUAUUCUUGGAUCACAAAACCUUAUAUUAUGAUGUGGAUGGAUUUAAGUUUUAUGUAUUAACCGAGAGACAAGAAAAAAAACCAAAAGAUUUGAUGGUGGGAUACUUUUCCAAGGAAAAAAUAUCAUAUGAUAAUUACAAUUUGGCAUGUAUCAUGACACUUCCGAGUCAUCAACGAAAAGGUUAUGGUCGAUUACUUAUUGAAUGGAGUUACGAAUUAUCCAAAAGGGAAGGUGUUAUUGGAUCUCCGGAAAAGCCAUUAUCAACCUUGGGACUUCUUGGAUAUCAUUCUUAUUGGAGCUCUGUCAUAUUACAAGUUUUAAAGUCUUUAAAAGAAAGUGAAAUCUCUAUUGCAAGAUUAUGUCAAGAAACUUAUUUACAAGAAGAAGAUGUUACUUCAACUUUGGCUAGACUAGGUUUAUUACGUCACUGGGAACAUCCACCUUCUUCAUUAGUUUCAAAUAAUCCUUCCCCUUUAUUUAGUAUAUCUCCUCCUCCUGUAGUAGUUCAUAUUGAUCCGUCCAUGUUAAAUCAAGUUAUAUCAAAACAUCAUAUUCAUUUUAAUCGUCAAAUUGAUCCCAGUUGUAUUUUAUUAUGAUCAACACAUUUAUUGAAGAAUAUUUCUGAAAUAUACAAAUAAAAUUCCAUUUAAAAAAUCUCAUCAAA